AUUACAUUUCUGGGCCUCUACUUGUGAACACUUUCUCUUCUACUUUCCUUGAUCAGAAACAAAUCAGAUUCUCUCCUCUCUUCGAAUCCCUUGGAUAUGCAGCAGCAAGACCCGAACGCCCGACCCGCCACCGGGUAUCCAUACCCGUAUCCGCCUCAACAACCCGCCAACGGUUACCCUCCCAACGCCGCAACCGCCUACCCAUACCAAAACCACAACCCCCACUACGCGCCUCAGCCUAGCCCACGCGCUGUCCUAUUACGCCGCCUCUUCACCGCCUUCACCGUCUUCCUCCUCAUCCUAGGCCUCAUCCUCUUCAUCUUCUUCAUCGUCGUCCGUCCCCAGCUCCCAACCGUCUACCUCAACUCCCUCUCCGUCUCCAACUUCACCGUCUCCGACAACCGCCUCGCCGGAAACUGGGACCUCCGCCUCCAGUUCCAAAACCCUAAUUCGAAGAUGUCGCUUCACUACGACGGCGUCUCGUGCGCGCUCUAUUACGACCGCGCGUCUCUCUCCGAGACGCGCCUGCAGCCGUUCGAUCUGGGGACGAAGGAUCAGACUCCGGUGAACGCGACGCUCUCCGUCUCCGGGACGUACGUCGAUGGCCGGUUGGUUGAUUCGAUUGGGAAAGAGAGGGGCGAGAAAGGAAGCGUGGAGUUCGAUUUGAGGGUGGUUUCUUUGGUUACGUUCCGGUAUGGAGUGUACCGGAGGAGGAGGUACGUCACGGUUUUCUGCGAUGACGUGGCGGUUGGUGUCGGGGGGAAUAGUAGUUCGGGGAACAUGGUUGGUUCGGCUAAGAGAUGCAAACCUUAAUGAGAUGAUAGAAUAAGGAAGAGGCAACGACCACGAAGACAGAAGCCAAAGAAGCAGGGGCAACAAUUACCGUAAAGUAUGAAGACAUCCAAAAGAAGAGAAAACGAAGAGUAACAAUCUCCGUUAUUGUCGCUGUAGUUGUAAUAGUCGCUCUUGUAUCGCUCAUCUUCAUCUUGAACAAAGUGCGUGUCCCACGGUUCAUGCUUGACGAUGUCUCCCUUGAUCCCAUCUCAAGAUCAAAAGUACUGGUGAAACUCUCAUCGACCAACCCAAGCUCCUCGAGGCUUUACUACAGCGAGAUGAGCAUACACCUGCGGAUCGAAGAAAUUUUCGAGACAGAGAGGGUUUACUUGCAGAGCACGCUACAAGAGCCACAUGAACGUACGACGUGGACAGGUGUCGUAGCAAGAAAUAAUGUAAACGACAAGCCUGGCGGUACUUUUCAGAUGAGUGAAGGUGAGGAAAACGGGGAUGUUAUUGCAGAGCUAAAGAUCCAAAAGAAGAGUUCGAUGUUUCACCCGAAGAGGACAUUGCGCGUUACGUGUCCGGUUUUGCUCAACUUGAAAGACUUGACGGCAGUAGUUUCUAGACCUAUGUGUACUUGUCAAGUUAUUUAGCUUCUCGUCUUCAUAUUUUACAAGUUCUAUGUCGAAGGUUUUUUACCUUUUUUUUUUUUUUUUUCCUCCAUCUUGUUUCUCUUAUCUCUUUCUGUGUUCUGUGAAUUACUGCAAUUUCUUAUUCUCACAAUUAUGUAUCCUCAUCACGACGUGGUAGAAGAUAAAAGUAGGAUGAAAGAAACCGAACUUAGUCUUUAUAAAAGCCGGACCUGCUCACAUGUCGCACCACUUGUCCCUCUAUGUAAGCUGGCCCUGCUCACACGUUGCGUUCUCUGCUUCUUGCGGCUACAUACUUUUGCUUAAAACAUAAUCCAAUAUCUCAAGGUUCGGGUAGCACUUCUUGGAGAGCUUUUCUAAGUAAGAAUCACUCUAGUCCUU